CAUCAUCACACAGUGCCACACACGCACAGCUUCACCUCUUCAUCUCUGAGAGCAAAGCAGCAAAAAAGCAAAGAUGGCAAAAAUUAACAUAUGUGUAAAAGGGGUCUUCAUUUUCUUCAACGUGAUCUACGCAAUCCUUGGAUGUGUGCUGAUCUACGGGGUGAUUCAAAGCAGCAUCGACAGGGCCCAGCUGUCGGAGUUUGGAGCCCCGAGCGUGGAUUGGAUGUGGGCGAUUGCCUUCGGCAUUUUCGGCAUCUCCUGUCUGGGAAUCUAUGCAGCAUGGUCAGAGAAAGCCCUCUUCCUCAAAACAUUCGCAGGCUGCAUGGGUGUUGGAAUGGUUAUCAUGCUGAUCUUUGGCAUCGUCACUGCGGUCGCAAGGAACAAGGCAAAGGACAGCAUUGACAGCACUUACCUUGAAGAUGAGGAACAGCGGAAAAUGGUUAUUGCGCUACAAGAAGCUGCCCAGUGCUGUGGAAUAUCCAGCGCCUCAGACUGGGGUAAUAACAUCCCUCAAUCCUGCGCGUGCAACAAAACAAGUGGAUAUAGUCCUCCAUCAGCUCAAUGCAUUGACAAACCUCAGGGAACAACGGGCCCAAACAAAAUCUGGGGACAGGGCUGCAAAGACUUCAUCUUUUUCAUUCAAGACUUAAUCUUCAGCAUCUUCCUGGGAGUAUACUUUGGAUUCGCAGUCACUGCACUGCUGGGCCUUCUGAUCACCCUGCUGAUGAUCCAUCAGGUCAACCAGCACGACGGCGAGGGAGGACCGAAGAUCUUCAUGUAGGGCCACUGAAGCCCCCCCCCCCCCGAUCUAAACCUCUGCACUGUAAAUGAAGAAGGAUUAUCAAAACACUGUAUUGUUUUUAUUCAUGUUUUACUGUGUCCCAACUUUUUUGGGUCGGUAUUUGCAUCUGUGAUUAGAUUAGAUACUGAUUGUGAUCAGUAGAAAUAAUCAGUGGCAGAUUUUGAUUUUUUUUUUUCAAGGUCUGUACUUGACUUUGAUUUAGAGAGGUACUCAGAGUCAUAAGAAAGUUUUCAGACUGCCUCACUUUUUCCAGUUUCCUUAUUUUUCAGCCUGAUGCUACAGUAAAAAAAAAAAACAAAAAAAAAAACAUCUUUAUUCCCCAAGACGAAGUGAAAAAAAAUUUGAUUUGUUUCUACAAUUGAUCAAAAAUAAAAAUCUGAAAUAUCACACUGACAUCACCCUUCACUCAGUACGUAGUCAUGUUCCUUUGGCAGCGAUUUCAGCCUCCACUCUUUUUGAAUAUCACCAGAUAAUCUAUGAAACUGGUUUUCAUCGUGGAUAUCCCUGCACUUUGCUCCAUUCAGCUUUCCCUCCCAGUCUCCCAGUCCCUGCUGCUGAAAAGCACCCCACAGCAUGAUGCUGCCACCACCAUGCACACUGAUGGAAAUCAAUAAUUAAAAUUAGUAGAACUCUACUACAGUGAGCCUCAGCUUAUCAGGUACAAGUCAAAAGACUCAAAUUUUCAACCACGAUUAAUCUUAGAAUGAAUGAAGGUGGACAGCAGUGGGACUAGCCCAUCCCAGCAUCAAGGAUGCCUUAAGGCAGUGUUACUCAUCCCUGCUCAACCAAAGCCAAAUUGUUAAAAAAAAAUACGUUUGCAAGAGCCACAAUCUAAGUGGUUAAAAGUGGCAAUUUAGAAAAGUUAAAGGUGGCAAAAAUGGUCAAAGAGCAGCA